AUGGGUAUCUGUGCAUCGACUCAGUCUACAAAAACUCAAGGUCAAUUGUUGAUCACCUAUGAGUUAACACCAACAAUAAAGGUGAUCAACUCAGUCGAUGGGAGCCUGAAAGAAUUCGAAGAACCGAUCAAGGCUAGUGAAGUUCUCUCCGGCCACCCAGACACCUUGUUCCUCUGCAACUCCGAGGAGAUGAACGUCGACUGUCACGUGCCUCGGGUCCCCGGAACUGAAGAACUCCAGCCGGGUCAACUCUACUUCAUUCUUCCGAUCUCAAUCUCAACGGGACUACUUUCUUUACAUGAACUCUGUUUGCUCGCUAUUCAAGCCAGCAAGGCGCUUAAAAGGUCAGCGGAAAAGAAGGAGAAGGAGAGCACGGCGUCGUUUAGUGACCGGCGUAAAAGUAAGAGAAAUGCUAGGCGAAAUCACAAGGUGGAUUUCCAGUUGGCUUUGAAAAAGCUCGGAUGA